ACGCCUAGGACUUGCACUCAUGACGACCCAAUAGGCGCCGCAGAGCAACGGAAAACAAGGUCUCUAGCUCACCAUCAUUGCUGUGGCAGCAAGGAUGGGCACAAACUACAUCUUCUCGUUGACACCAACAUUCACCCAGGGUCUCGUGCUCGGACAGCUCUCCAUUCUCGGUCUCCUCACGCUUAUACUGAAGUAUCUUUUCCUGGAUUCUGGGCCUUCUAGAGCUGCGUCUCCGUUGUCCUACUCGACAUCCUCUUUCGAUGGGGAACGUACAACAAAGUCUAGGAUGCACGUUCCCAUUGAGAUCGAGUCUGAGGAUGGGACGGACCCUGCAGCUUGGUUCAACCUGAUCUUAAGACAGGUUGUCGAGACAUACAGGUCAAAGUUACGAAAUGAUCUUCCCGGACCUGAGGGGGACGAAAUAGCGCGUCGGAGGAUCGAGCGGUAUGCUAAUACUAUCCGUCCGGCGAGCUUCGUUGACCCAAUAUGUAUUCUCUCCGUAGACCUGGGAUCAUCUGCACCACGAAUUUCAAAUGCCAGAAUUAAGGAUCGUAAUGUACGACUAAAAGAGCCUGAUCAAGCUGUGUUUGAUAUGACUUAUGUCGAUACGUUGUCGGUAUCACUUUCCACCUCAGUUUUGUUCCACUACCCAAUACCCUACUUCGUCCGACUACCGAUUACACUGAACGUUGCAUUAUCAUUAUUCUCCUCAUCUGUUACGAUAACUCCACCGGACCCUCUUUCAACGAAUCCGACUUUAACCGUUUCUCUACCGUCUAAUUUUACUUUGGAACUUAACACGACGUCACUUAUGGGAAGUCGUGCAAAACUCGCAGACGUUCCGAAACUUCACGAGAUGAUCCAGGCCCAGGUUCGACGAAUACUUAGUGAACGAGGGACUUGGAAGAUAGUUAUGCCUUGGCUGACGACCGUUAAGGAGAAUUAUCUUAGAUGA